AUGACACGGACGGCUCCCUCGUUGCAGCAGUCCUCGAGCGCGGCGGUCAACCCGACCACGAGCCUGUGGACGACAGUUGGGGCGGCGACCGAUACGCGUGCCGUGUCGGCGGCGUUCACCACCGAUUCCCGCAAAACGUCGGCAGCGUCGGCACAGGGCCACGCUCCCGCGGUGAAACACAGCCCGGAUACGUCGCUGCGUUGGUCCCAGUCGCGCAGCCGGGCCGAACAUUUGCCGACGGUGCAGCAGAGCCGUGGGUCCUCGGACGCCAAGCGACUCGCCUCGAUCGCUGCCCCGUGGGCCGGUUCGCUGAGCGUGGGCUCUUCCGUGGGGUACUCACUGCCGGCUGCCCGCAGCCUCGUGCGCGUCAGGGACAAUACGACGGAGUACUUCCACAUCAGCGACAAGGAAAUCUUCUGGUUCGACUCGCUUCUCCUGCUGGGCGCCGUGUUCGGAUCGCUCUGCGCCUGCUUCGUGGUACACUGGCUGGGCCGGCGCAGGAUGCUGGCGGUGGGCUGCCUCGGCUCGCUGGCCUCUUGGUUGGUAAUGGCCGCUGCCUCUGCCGACUCCUUCCACCUGCUCGCGGCUAGGGUGCUCGGAGGACUGUGCACCGGUGUCGUGUCGCUCGUGGUGCCCGCCUACAUCUCCGAGGCAGCUCCCGCCAAAGACCGUGGGAAGACGUGCGGCGCCUACCAGACGGGCGUGGCUGCAGGAGUGCUCAUCAUGUACGUCUUGGGCAAGUUCGCGAACUGGUCGCAGAUGGCCCUGUGGUGCGCGAUGCCACCGGCGAUGGCGCUCCUGCUGCUCUGGAUGACCGUCGAGUCCCCUCGCUGGCUGUACGAGAACGCGCAGUACGAGGACGCGCAUAAGGCGCUGAGGAUCCUCCGAGGCAGCAACCUCGAGGCGGACGCCGAGUACGAGGAGAUCGAGGCGAUCUACGUGAAGACGCCAACGCCCCUCAUUCACUACAUGCUGGCCGUGCUAGUGAUGUUGGUGCAGCAGUUCUCCGGCGUCAACGCAAUCCUGCUCUUCGCCUGCGGUCCACUUCACGCGGGCUUCGGAUACGCCUCGCACGACACAUUCAUCGUGCUGUCGUCCUUGCAGUACUAA